UGUACCUAAAAUUGAAGGAAAGGGCACCCUAUCCAGCAAACAGAUUACCUUGCAGUGGGGAAUGGAGAUUUUGCAAAGAAGCAACUCAAGAUGGAAUCUGGCCAGACAGACAAGGAAUCAGGACUUUCCAGGACAAGGCAGGGCCUGUGUACUGCAUAGACAGUAGAGCCUUUUAGAGUAGAAACUAAGGAGGGCCUCUGACCUCACAAUAGCCAGGGCCCAGUGGGCCAUCCCUAUAGGUUCUGGUGCCCUCUUCCAGCUCGGGCAAGGCCCGAGGCCCUGGGCAGCAUCCAGGUGCAGUGGCCUCCUUUGGGCUGCACCUUCUCUGCUGCCCCAGGGCAUGUCUCUACUUAGUAAUUAUGAAGGACUUCGGCAACAAAUAGAGAGGCUGGUGCGCGAGAAUGAGGAACUAAAGAAGUUGGUGCGGCUCAUUCGAGAGAAUCAAGAACUCAGGUCUGCGAUCAAGAUUCAGCCGGGCAGCAUCAACAUCAGUGCAUUCGCCAAUGGGCUUGGCGAGGUGGCAACAGGCCCUGCUCAACACCAGGGUAUCUUCUUGUCCCCGUCCCCAGCAGCAGCAAAUGAACCAGUCCUGGAAGAUGUAGGGCUUGUAGCCCUGGCACCCAUGGUCGACAUGCUGAGCAGCUCACACCUCAGCCCUACAGCUGGCUCUCUCACGAGCCCCCUGACCGGCCCUUGCAACACACUGCUGCCCAACCCAGCACCUGGGUCACAGAGUAGUCAGUUCUCCAGCAUCCUGAGUGGCCCCCUAAGCAGCCAUUUGACUGGUCCCAUGGCUGUUUCCCCAGGGGCCACCCUAGCCAGCAAUCUGGGCAUGCCCUCCACUUGCCCCAUGAGUAGCCACCUGAUUGGACCCAUGGCAGUAUCCCCUGGGACCACCCUGCCUGGUUCCUUGGGCCUGACCUCCACUGGCUCCCUGACUCCAAGCAGCCCCUUAGCAUGCCCCCUGGCCAUGUCUAAGAGCAGCCCCCUGAUGGCCAGCCCAGGCCCAGUUGCUGUCUCUCUAAGUAGCCCCUUACUCACCUCUACCCCUCUAAGUGUCUCUCAGAACCUUGCAGCCAACCCCAUGAGCAACCUGGUGCUGUCAGAGGCCCCAAGGCUGCGGCUGGCAGAGCCACUCCAAGGAAGCCCUUCUGGGCCCUACUCCUCAGCUGGGACAGGGCAUGCCGCCAGCUCCAAAGCACUCUCCAAUGAACACCCACAACCCACCCAAGACGCAGAGCCUCUCAGUGUGACAUUUAUGGGCGCACCCCUCCAGGCGUCCACCCCUGUCAGUACUGUGGCCACUUGCCCCUUGAGCAGCCACUCUGGUCCAGGGGUAGCCUUCUCCUGUGGUACCUCAGAUGCCCGGGCCCAGCCUAGUGUCCCCCAAGGACAAAAGGUUCCUGCCUCUGUCCUCACCUCCUCAAGCAGUUGCCCAGUUGGCAGAGUCCUCAGCUCUGCCCCUACCCCUGCUCCUCAAGCUGCUACCAACCACACCCCCUUGAGCACUACCCACCCCACCUCCCGGUCAGUGUGCACCUCCCACUCUCCUCCACGAAACCCUCACACCUCUCCUCGGACCUCAUCCGUCCCGGCUUCGGUCACGGACACCCGGUGUCCACGUACCACGGAGACAAAUCGGAAAAACGCCCUGGAGUUGGAGCGGAAACUGACUCACCGCAAAUCUAGCAAAUUCCCUGAUGGCUCCCAAGAGUCAAAGCAGCUGUCCUGGGAAAGGCUAGUGGGGGAGAUUGCCUUCCAGCUGGACCGCAGGAUCCUGUCCAGCAUCUUCCCUGAGCGUGUGCGCCUCUAUGGCUUCACUGUCUCCAACAUUCCAGAGAAGAUCAUCCAGGCCUCUUUGAACCCCCAUGACCACAAGCUGGAUGAAGAACUGUGCCAGACACUCACACAACGCUACGUGAGCAUCAUGAACAAGCUGCAGAGUCUGGGCUACAAUGGACGGGUGCAUCCAGCGCUGACAGAGCAGCUAGUGAAUGCCUACGGUAUACUGCGUGAACGGCCAGAGAUGGCUGCAUCCGAGGGUGGCUGCUACACUGUGGACUUCCUGCAGCGGGUGCUGGUGGAGACCGUGCAUCCUAGUAUGCUCACUGAUGCACUGCUCCUGCUCUCCUGCCUCAAUCAGCUGGCACAUGAUGAUGGCAAGCCAAUGUUCAUCUGGUAACACUGAAGUCCAGCUGGCCCAGGCAUGCUGUGCUCUGCAGUCCUAUGCACAGCUAUUAAAGCUUCCCAUAGAGGAUACCACUGGGCCCAGGCUGUUCUGAGGUGCUACCACUUCUGGGUGGCUUGCCAGAUCCCUGCACCAGGGUCCUUCAGUCCUGCCUUCUGUGGAGUUCCAUGCCCAUCUCUUAGAGAGAGCUCUGGAGCAAGGCAUGGCACUUGACUGGCAUUGGUCAGAAACCUCCAAGUCCCUUUUUCUUGGUGAUGAAAACAGUGAAAACUCUGAGGCUUGGGUCAAGAAGAACAGAAACUGUGGAGGAGUGAAGCAAGCAGGGAGGGAUUCCCUCUUUCCAUAGUAGGCAGGAACUAGGGGUGAAGAGCGUUAGGGCCUGGAGGGCAGGAAAGCAGUAAAGGGAAGAGAGCCUUAAGAAAACAGCUUCACCCAAACCUGAGCGAAGGACAGCAGGGAGAUGCCAGUCCCUUUCCAAAAUUCCCAACGCCUGGAAAGAAGCGGGUCCUGGAGGCCUGGGUGUGGGGGCUCAUAACUGCCAGUCGAGGGGCUGAGGCACAUGGGUCACAUAGGCAGGGCAAGGGAGGGA